AUCAUUGAUUAGUGACCCCUAUUAAUGAAUGAUUUUCUAUUAAUGAACGAUUUCAUUAUAGGCAACACAACAUACAUUGCUUGCAUAAAUUAAUUAAACGCUCUGUGAUUGGCAGUGACCUGUGGUGUAGGCAACCAAACAUAUACCUAUUUAUAUUCCCACUAAAAAAUUUAGAAUCAUGUAGCCGAUGUUAGCAAUAUCUGUCAUUGUAUGUCAUUAUUUACUUUAUUAUUUAAAAUUCUGUGUAUUUGAAAAAUCAAAACAAGGAUAUUGACGAAGAGUUUAAUUUAACUCCACCAGAAGUGGCAAAAACUGCAAAUGAAAUAUCUUUAAGUUUACUGCCUGAAAAAAGCAGAGUGUUGCACGAAAAAACAUACGCUGAAUUUAUUGCAUGGUGUGACGAGAGAAAAAUAAUACGAUAUUCAGAAUCUGUAUUGUUGACAUAUUUUUAAAACAUUGCCGAAAAAGGACUAAUAGCAAGUUUGUGGCCUAAAUAUUCGAUGCUAAACAUUGAUAUAUCUAAAUAUAAUAAGUUAAUUAUGUUAUCAAGAAAAAAAAACAGGUUAUGUACCAAAGAAAUCAAAACACUUUAAAAAGAACAAGUCCAGAAAUUCAUCUCUAAUGCUCCUAACGACGUGUUUCUAAUGAUAAAGGUUGCAUUGAUUUUCGGAGUGGCUGGUGCGUUAAGAAAGGACGAACUAUUGAAAUUAGAAACAAAUAACGUUCAAUACUUGGAGUCAAAGUUUCUUGUCACAAUAAAAGCAUCAAAAACACACACAAAUAGAAUAUUUACCAUAGCAGAUAACGAAGCAAAUACGAUUCUCAAUGAGAUCAAAAAGUAUAUUUCUUUAAGACCGGCACAUACACCACAUAAACGAUUUUUCAUUUUUUAUAAAAAUAAAUGUUCCACACAGCCAGUUGACAUAAAUACGUUUUCCAAAAUUCCUUUCGUUAUUGCUAAAUUCUUGAAAUUAGAGCACCCGCAUCUCUACACUGGGCAUUGUUUUAGACGUUCCUCUGGCUCAAUACUGUGUGACAGUGGUGCAGACUUUUCAGCUAUUAAAAGACUAGGUGGCUGGAAAUCGACUGCUGUAGCAGAAGGUUAUAUAGAUAAUUCUAUGCAGAAUAAACUUGAGACGGCUGAAAAACUCUUGGGACAAAAUACCACUAAACCUUGUCAAAGUACUUCCUUCAGCACCACCGCUUCUUCUUCUAUCACAGAAUUUACAGAGGUCCAAGAAGACUUAAAUAUAAAGUCAAAAUGCUAUACAGCAGAUAAUCAUUUAUCAAAACCUUCCUUUAAUUUCAGUAAUUGUAUUAUUUCGAAUAUUAGUGUUUACAAUAAUAAAACUACCACUAAGGAAAAUUAAACUUUGAAUAAAGAUAAUGAAAGCUGAAAAAAUUGUUGUUUAUCGUUAAGUAAAUAAAAAUUUAAACUAAGAUAUCUUUAUUUCUGAAAAGUACGGUCGACGGAAAAGUUUUGUAACGAACUCGUGAAUUAAAAUGGCGAUUAACAAUCUCGAACACUCUAACGCGCUCGCGCCGCUCACGCGUUAAAAUAUCUCAAUUGUUAAUCGCCCUUAUUAAUACACUUGUUGGUUAAAUAAUUAUUUCCAUGACGGAUCAAGUUUAAAGGGUUUUUACCCGAAUGAUGAUUUACCAGCACUGAUGAUGAUCUGUUAUCAGAUCGAAAACUAGUUCUGUGAUGUAACCCCUUUUUAGAAAUUUUAAUAAAUAUACCUUUUAUAAAGGA